UUUAUAUAUAUAGGCUACACGUAUUGUGAGAGGAGGUCUGUUUGCGACCAGUUGACCCAUAUUUUUCAUCUUUCUCGUUUAUCAAAUGCAAUUUGUGCUUAUCACUUAUCCGUUUCCUUUUAGAGGUAUAUAAAAGGAUUGUACUCCGAUUUGCGCUUUUUAAAAGUGUUAUUUAGUCCAUGCGUUUCAUUAAAGAUACAAAUAUAAAAUUUGUUCUGACGCGCAAAUACGAAGUUACAUCGUUCUGGUACCAUGGUGCCAUUACAAAUCCUCGGGCGUUUAUUCGUAUUGAUCGUCAUAGCGAGCAGUAUAAGACAAGGAUAUGGAUAUACAGAGGAUAUAGAUGCACUACAAGUAAAUGAGGAGGAAUAUAUGCUGAACGAUGCACUAGAUGUACCGAUUCGAAAUGCUCAUAAUGUUAAAAAUACCAAAGGAGGAAGACGCGUAUUCCGAGGGGGUUGUACUCGUAAACCAGACGCGCCUACAAACGUCAAAUUAGAAUGUUCUCAGAGUGGCUGUAUUGCAAGUUGCGCACCGGAUUAUAAGUUUCCGAAUGGUGCGUUACAGUUGAACAUUAUCUGUGUCGAUAAGAAAUGGGUCUUCGGAGGAAUCGAUACCUCGAUACCUCAUUGUGAACCGAUCUGCAUGCCGGAAUGUCAAAAUAAUGGAAUAUGCAUUGCGCCUCAUCAUUGCGACUGUCCCGAACAUUUCACCGGUCCACAAUGUCAAUUUGAAAACAAACCAUGUCUGAAUUAUCCACCGCUCGUGCGCAAUUCUAAAAGAACAUGUAAUUCAAAAACGUGCACUAUAUCUUGUAUGAAACAGUUUACUUUCCCUGAUGGUUCAUCCGUCGCUAAUUUAAUCUGCAAGGACGGAAGUUGGAAGCCAACUAGAAAUGAUUGGGUUUCAAUUCCGGAUUGCGAACCUGUAUGUGAUCCACCUUGUCAAAACGGUGGUAAUUGUCUGCCAACAAAUUUGUGCCAGUGUCCACAGGAUUAUCGAGGACCUCAAUGUCAAUACUCUGCCAAUGCUUGCGAUGCCGAGAAAUUACAUUUCAAUGGCGGAUAUCACUGCACCAGUUACGGUGAUUCGUAUUCCUGCACGCUGAAUUGCCCGAAAGGAGUGGAAUUCGAGUUUCCACCUGCUGCAGUCUACAUUUGCACUUAUGACAAAGGAAUCUUCGAACCACAACCCAUACCACAGUGCAAAGUCGAUAAUAACAUCAAGAUUAUCUCUCUCGGGACUUCCUAUAACACAUACAUACGGGAAUCGAAUCACUCUUGGUCGAUGGAAAAUACUUACGGCACCGAAACAAAUUAUUCUCAGGAAAUUUAUGGCGAACAUUACAGGGUUCACGGCAGUAAUGUCUCCUCGCAUCCGAGCCAAUAUAAUGCACACAAUGAUCGCAUACAGAUAUUUGAAAUGAGUCGGCCCAGACCGAAGACAUGUUUUACUUGGGGAGGUACGCACUACAAGACAUUCGACGACAAAAUCUACAGCUUUGAUAGCGACUGCCCGCAUACGCUUCUUCGGGAUACACGAGACGGUAUCUGCACGAUCGUGGCGUUAAAUAGCCCGAACUGUAAAAAUGGAUUGGGACAUCAUUGUUCCAAGAUUAUAAAACUAUUCGUGCACAAUAAGGAGUUUGUACUUACUAAUGACGAGACGGGUACGCCGAUAUUCUUUAACGGCAAACGAUCGUUGCCGAUACCGAUAUAUUUGCCCGGAUUGCGCGUGGACAAAUCCGCGCAUUUUAUCCUUGUCUCCCUCGAUUCGUUGGGCGUGAAGUUGAAGUGGGAUGGUGUCUUGCUACUACAAAUUGAAGCUCCCGAGAACAUGUGGAACAAAACAGCAGGUCUAUGCGGUACUAUGAACGACGAUCCGAACGACGAAUUCUUAGCGAAAAGCGGAAGUUAUGCGAAAAAUAUACCGGCGUUUGCAAGUUCUUGGCGCGUCAAAGAUUUCGGAGAAUCAUGUGAUGAUUAUUCGAAUGUACAACAUGCAUGCAACUCAAGAGAAGAGCUCAGCCGCGAAGCCUUUCAAUUCUGCUUCAAAUUGCUUUCCAAUCGUAAAUUUGAGGCUUGCACCGAUACGAUCAAUCUUUCUGAAUUAAUAAACGAGGCAUGCUCAUGGGAUUAUUGCGCCUGCAAGCAUAACGAUAGAAGAAAGUGCGCCUGCGAUACCAUGGAUGUUUACAUUCGCCAGUGCGCUCACAAGGGAAUCGCGCGAUUAGCCGCAUGGAGAAGCGACGAUACUUGUCCGAUUACCUGCGACGGUGGACGAGUGUACAUGUCGUGCGGUCCAAAAGUGGAAGCGUCCUGUUCUUCCGGUAUCGAGGCGACGAGCAAGAGUUCUGAAUGCGAGGAAGGUUGUUUCUGUCCAGCGGGCACUUUGGAGCAUCAAGGCAAAUGCGUUCUUCCAGAAGAAUGCCCGUGCAGACUGAGAGGUAAACUGUUCCAGCCAGGUACGAGUGUACCAAAGGGUUGCAACACUUGUACGUGCACUUCCGGCAAAUGGAUAUGCACGCAAGUAUUAUGCAGCGCUAGAUGUGCCGUUUUGGGUGAUCCGCAUUACACCACGUUCGAUGGCAAACAUUACGAUUUUAUGGGAAAAUGCAAAUAUUACUUGAUAAAGGGAGAAGAUUAUGCAAUCGAGAGCGAAAACGUUGCAUGUUCCGGGGCGAUAUCCGAGAGCAUGGGUUUUGCUUCUUCCGGCUCGCCGUCGUGCGUCAAAGCUAUUAAGAUUAUGUUCAAGAAUACUUCUAUAAAAUUGAAGCAAAAUCUUCAGAUUACGAUUAAUGGUAACGAGGUAACGAAAUUCCCGAUACUGAUUGACGGUGUCCGAAUACGGAUUGCAAGUAGCAUAUUCGUGGUGAUUCACUUGCCAAAUACUUUGGAAGUGUGGUGGGAUGGUGUAUCACGUGUUUACAUCAAUGCUCCAGCUGAAUUCCACGGUCGAACAAAAGGACUUUGUGGAACGUUUACCGAAAAUCAAAAGGAUGAUUUUAUAACACCCGAUGGUGAUAUUGAGUCCGCGGCAAUCACUUUUGCCAAUAAAUGGAAAACAAGUGAAUACUGUGUCGAUGAGCCCGACAGUGAAUCAAAACAUCCGUGCGAUUUAAAUCCUCAAAGGCGAGCGAUCGCAGAAGAGCAUUGUUCUAAGAUACAUAGUGAUAUUUUUUCAGAUUGCCAUUGGUAUGUCGAUCCAACAGAAUUUUAUCAGGAUUGCAUAUAUGAUAUGUGCGCGUGCGAUACUGAUAUAAAAUCGUGCCUCUGUCCCAUGUUAGCUGCAUAUGCGAAAGAUUGCGCGGCGUUGGGUGUGAAACUUUUGUGGCGUACCGAGAUCGACGAGUGUAAAAUUCACUGCAAUGGCGGACAAAGUUAUCAGAUUUGCGGAAACAGCUGCACGAGAUCGUGUGCAGAUAUAUCUUUUUAUCGAGACUGCAAGCAGGAGUGCGUGGAAGGUUGUAACUGUCCAGAAGGCCAGACGUUAGAUGCAAACGGCGAAUGCAUUUCGAUCGCACAAUGUCCCUGCAUACACGCGGGCCGCGAAUAUAAGCCUAAUCAUCGAGAAGUCCGUCCGGGCAACAAGGGACAAGAGCUCUGCUCUUGCGUAGGCGGCGUAUGGAAAUGUCGAUUAGCAACAACAGACGAAAUUCGGGAAUAUCCACCUGUUACGGAAUUACUAUCCGUUUGUCAGGCUAGCAAGCAUCUGGAAGUGACAGAUUGCAAACCGGUAGAGCAAAAAAUUUGCAGCAAUAUGCAUAUAUGGAAGGAACAAACAUCGUCGGUGUGCACAUCUGGUUGCGUCUGCAAAUCCGGAUAUGUUCUAGACGCGCCGAAUGGUGUAUGCAUCAAACAAGAAGAUUGUCCCUGUCAUCAUGGCGGAAAGAGUUAUAAACAAGAUUCAGUUAUACAAGCUGAGUGUAAUACUUGUACAUGCGAAAAUACCAAGUGGAAGUGCACUGAUAGAAUUUGUGCAGGAAUCUGUUCUGUAUGGGGCGAUUCGCAUUACAAAACGUUUGAUGGUAAAAUGUACGAUUUCCAAGGUAUAUGCGAUUAUGUUUUGGUGAAGAGCGCAAUGAGCAAAGAAGAUUGUUUCGAUAUCUCAAUUCAGAAUGUACCUUGCGGUACAAAUGGAGUUGCGUGCUCAAAGUCAAUCAAGCUCACGAUUGGCAGUGGUAAGCAGCAGGAAGAACUCAUUUUGACAAAAGGAAAGGAGCUACCAAAAGGACCUUUCAAGAGAUUAUCGAUAAGGACUGCUGAUCUCUUCGUAUUUGUUGAUGUACCGGAUUUAAAAUUAGUAUUGCAAUGGGACAGAGGUACCAGAAUCUAUAUAAGAUUAGAUCCGGAAUGGAAGGGUCGUACAAUGGGCCUAUGCGGUGAUUACAACGACAACGCAGAAGAUGAUUUUAAGACACCGUCCGGCGGAAUAUCCGAGGUUUCUGUCAAUCUAUUUGGGGACUCAUGGAAGAAAGAUACGUUCUGUCCCGAACCGAAGGAUGUACAAUACGUCUGUGAGCAGCAUCCAGAACGUAAGCUGUGGUCGCUGCAACAGUGCAACGUACUGAAAUCACCAUUGUUCUCGCCCUGUCAUUCGGAAGUUGAAGUUGAACCAUAUUUGCGCAAUUGCAUUUUUGACACAUGCAGUUGUGAUGCUGGCGGUGAUUGCGAAUGUCUGUGCACGGCAUUGGCCGCGUACGCGCAUGAAUGCAAUGUACGAGGCGUCCCUAUAAAAUGGCGAACGCAAAAACUAUGCCCAUUACAGUGCGAUGAAAAAUGCAGCAUGUAUUCAUCCUGCGUCACGACUUGUCCGCGCGAAACAUGUGACAACUCUAUGACUAUAAAAUACGGCUCACACCUGUGUGCAGAGGAUACAUGCGUGGAGGGUUGUAAGUUUCAAUCUUGUCCUGAGGGCCAAGUGUACCGAAAUGCCAGUUACACAGAAUGUAUACCCAAAUCGACAUGUACGAAACCGUUUUGCGCCGAAGUCAAUGGAGUAACGUUUUAUGAGGGUGAUCGAGUCAGCGGUGAUGAUUGCCACAGCUGCUUCUGCAGUCGCGGCAAGGUGAUCUGCAAAGGAGAAGCCUGCACCAGCGUCAUUACCGCUAGUACUACUAUACCUUCGGAUGAAUUACAGAAGUGUGUGGACGGUUGGACCACAUGGAUCAACAAUAAUCCAGCAGUAAAAGGAAAGAAGUUUGUGGACGUGGAGCCAUUGCCUAGUUCGAUCGAUCGUGCCAAUGCACAUGGACUUGCAGUUUGCGAUAAGAAGCACAUAAUUGACAUAAAAUGUAGAUCCGUUGAGGGACACUUAAGUCCGAAAGAGACCGGCUUAGACGUGGAAUGCAGUUUGGAACGCGGCUUAUAUUGCCAAUCGCAUCCGGAUCUUCCUUGCGUGGACUUCGAAAUCAGUGUAUUGUGUCGUUGCCCCAAGCCGGUUACACAUGAGAAGACGACGACAGAGAGCGGGAAGGAAAACGAAUGCGAUGUCGCACAACCUAAUUCACCGCAUCCGACUAACUGUCAACUGUUUUAUCAAUGCAGGCCCACAUUAACUGGAUACAAAUUGGUAGAAAAAUUGUGUGGCCCUGGCACUCUUUACAAUCCAGAGACCUAUGUAUGUGAUUGGCCGACGGAGGUUUUACGCAUACGACCAGAAUGUUCGGUUACAUCUGGACAAACUACGCAGACUAGUGGCAGAACCGAGUGGAUCAGUAAUACUGGUAGCAACUACGAGAACACGAUGUCGACCUCGGUGAAAAAGAUCGUGUCAACCACGAAUGUGUGCAAAGACGGCGAGACAUGGAGCGAGUGUGCUAUCCAGUGUACUAGGACAUGCCAAUAUUAUCGUCACAUCCUGACGACACAGGGACUCUGUGGCGAAGGUACUGACUGCGUCCCCGGAUGCGUCUCGAUUGAUCGACCGAUAUGUCCUUCGCAUAAAUUCUGGAGAGACGGUAUUACCUGUGUGGAAGCAAAUCAUUGCUCCUGCAAGUCCCAUGACGGAGGUUCGGUUGCACCUGGCGCUGUCAGGAAAGAAUCUGACUGCGAAACUUGUCAAUGUCUCAAUAAUUAUUAUACAUGUGAUGAAACUUUAUGCGGUAACAUCUCAGGCCACGAAGUGACAGUAGGUACAGGAAGAGGACCGGAAACAAUUGUUACGCAACCACCACUCAGUACAGCCGCAAAUACUUGGGGAACAUCGCCAGUCAUUUGGUCCUCCGAACAAACGAUUCUUCUACAUAGUACAGUCACUCCACCCGGCGAAUGCGAGGAUGCUAACUACGUAUCAUUGAUACAGAAUCUGCGGAAGAAUGUAACGAUUCGUACUAGUAGCAGGACAAAAUCUGUUUUACUGCCAGAGGAUUUGUUAAUAUACACGGAAGGGGCAAUGCUGUUUCCAAAGAAAUUCUGGGAAUCCGCAGUAAGAGACGCGAAUCAAUGGCUCAACAUCGAGUUCGCUAAAUCUGAACCUAUUUACGGGGUGAUCUUGCAAGGCGCCGUUUCCGAAGAUAAAUUCGUAACCAGUUACAGAGUGCUUUUCUCAGAGGACGGCCAGACUUUCUCGUAUGUGCUCGAUCAAGAACAACAACCGCGUGUAUUCAGGGGACCCGUUGACAAAAUCCAAUCCAUAAAACAAACGUUUUAUCGACCGAUCGAGGCGAAGGUCAUUCGUAUCAAUCCACUAACGUGGCACAACGGAAUCGCAAUCAAAGUAGAACUGCUAGGUUGUCAAACUCAUGUGCAAACAUCAAUGGCGACAACGAAAACGACUUCCGAGAAGGUCAUAGGACCAGUGUGCGAAGAUUCGAUGGGACUAGACAAUGGACUGAUGGCCAUUGAGCAAGUUUCGGUGUCGAGCUCGCCACAGUUGGCCCAAUAUCUUCCGUUAUCUAGGGAAAGUGCGUGGCGUGCUGCCUUAGAUAAUCCUCAUCAGUACGUUCAAUUCGACUUUCUGGAAAUUCGAAAUUUGACCGGAGUCACGACUAAGGGCGGUGAUGGCGCUUGGACAACCGCUUACAAAGUAUUCUAUAACAACGACGGACGUCAUUGGAAUCCAGUCGUCGACGAAAAUGGCGACGAGAAAGAGUUUCUUGGUAAUUUCGACACGGAGAGCCGCCGGACGAACUUCUUUGAAAGACCUCUGCACGCGAGAUAUCUGAAGAUACAGCCUGUCAAGUGGCACGAUCAUGUCGCGAUGAAGGUCGAAGUUCUGGGCUGCUAUCUAGCGUAUCCUGUGAUAUCAACAACUGAAUCGACAACGACAUCGUUUGAGCAAAAAUGUAAUAUUUGUGACGGAAUCGAUCAGACGCCGAAUGACGAAAGCUGUAGAUGUGAAGAUCCUUAUUGGUGGGAUGGAGAGUCGUGCAUACCGAAGCAAGAGUGUCCUUGCGUGGUCGGGCACGUUUCUUACGCGAUUGGCAGCAUGUACGAGACGGAGGAUUGUCAACAAUGUGUAUGUGCCCUGGGUGGAACGGCUACAUGCUUGCCAAAGAAAUGCGAGCCUUGUCAAAAAUUAGGUUUACGAUCCGUCGUCGGCGAGUUGUGCGCUUGCCUCUGCAAACCUUGUCCGAUUGGCACCAGACACUGCCCCACGAGCGACGUGUGCGUAAACGAGACCGCGUGGUGCGAUGGUGUUCAGGAUUGUCCAGAUGAUGAGAAGGAGUGUCCAAAGAUAAGCUCCACGACACCUAUAGCGACCGAGCCUUCGGAAACGGUCAAACAAGAAAUCACAACGAGCAGUUCCGUCCAAAUUCCAUUACCGUGUGAAAAACCAAUUUGUCCGUCCGGUUACAGAGUAGUAUACAAACAGCACCCAGUGUCCAAGUUGCGUGAAAAGCCGUAUCCUAAUAUUAAGACGAAUGUAAAAUCCAAAGGUCAUAAAUAUUUCACAAAGACGAAGGGACACAAAAAGCAUCCGUUCUAUGAGCAUCCGAUGAAGGAUCAACAAGCAACGGAGAAUAUCCAGUGCUCCGAGUUCAUUUGCAUGCCCCCUCCUGUCAUCUCGAGUGAGUCCCCGGAGAACUGUCAAGAUGCAGUCUGCCCACCGCAGUACGAGGUGGUAUUCAAGAAGAUAAGCAUGUACAAGAUUCGCAAGUGUCCCAAGUAUGCAUGUCGACCAAUAACGCCGCAGGAAGCGGUCUGCAACGUCACGGGCAGAACAUUCAAUACGUUCGACAAUAUGGAGUAUAAAUAUGAUAUUUGCAAUCACCUUCUAGCCCGGGACAUGUACGGUAACGAAUGGUACAUCACGCUGGAAAAGCUAUGCGUUGACUCGCGCGAGCAGCGGGUUUGCACGCGGGUAUUGGCAGUGAUGCUACAUGAGCAUGCAAUUGUGCUCUAUCCGGAUCUGCACGUUGAUUUUGAUGAGUAUACCUUUACGUCCGAGCAGAUCGCGCGUUUUGGAAAAAAAUUUUACGGUUUCGAACUCUCGCGCAUAGGCGACAGGAUCAUCUUCGUCUCGCAUCAUUACGGUUUCUGGGUGAUUUGGGACUCAAGUACCAAUGUCAAGAUCGGCAUCCCCGUUAAACUGGCAGGUCGUGUGGACGGUCUGUGCGGAUAUUUCGACGGUGAUAUUACGAACGAUCGCCAGACACCCGAAGGUACCCAAGCGAGAAGUACCGUUCAAUUCGGCGAUAGUUGGGCAAUGGAAGACGCGGAAUGCGAUCGACACGUGUGUCCGCGUGACGUUCAAGAUCAGGCCUUGAAGAUCUGUAAUUUCGUGAAAAGCUCGAUGUUGCUGGAUGUGUGCUCCACGAUUGUCAAUGUUGACAGAUUUGUAUCCUGCUGCAUUGAGAGCAUGUGCUCUUGUUUGCAUACUUCUAAUAGUUCUUACGAGGACUGCCGGUGUCGUCUGUUGACGAGCUUUGUUGGUGAAUGCGAGGCCGCCGCCGGUCCCGGCACGGAUCUGUUAUCAGACUGGAGAACCGUUUAUGAUUGUCCCGUGAACUGUCCGCCACCGUUCGUUCAUCGGGAUUGCUUCCACAGCAAAUGCGAAAUUACCUGCGAUAAUUUACAUGAAGUGGAACCAUGUCCACCAAUGCAAGGCGUGUGCUUCCCCGGUUGCUUCUGCCCAGAUGGUCUGGUGCGUCGAAACAACGAGUGUGUGCCACCGACGCAUUGUCGGGAUUGCGUGUGCGACGGUCUUGGCGAUGCCAAAUUCAUUGGCUUCAAUCGCAAGGAUUUCAGGUUUGCUGGCAACUGCACUUAUCUACUUUCGGGGAACGUCGCAGAGACAGCGAAGAGUCAAAACGGAGCUUCAACGUAUCAAAUCUUGAUCACCAACGGGUAUUGCGCUACCGGCACAUGCACGGAGGCUAUCACAUUGCUUUAUGAAAAGCAUGUUGUACAAAUAAAGCGCGCAGAACAUUCAAAAGAUCUACGGAUGUCGAUUGAUAAUUCCCAAGUGGAAAAGUUCCCGCAUAACCGCACUUGGAUCAUUUUGGAUCGAACAUAUGCAGGAGAUGUGAUUCUGCUCGUACCGUCUAUUCAAUUGGAACUCAUCGCUUUUGAACCAAAUUUUGCGUUUACCUUGAAACUACCUUCACAUAUUUUCAGUGAUAAUACGGAAGGUUUGUGUGGUAACUGCAAUACUGAUGUCGAAAGCGGUUUCGAAAAGCGGGAUGGGAAAAUCACCGACGACGCUGAGGAAUUCGGUAAAUCUUGGUUAAUCGAAGAUUUUGGUUUGUCGACGCAGUUGGGUUUGAACGAUCAGACAUGUUCCAGUAAUUAUCAACCUGAGUGUAUUCCUCCACCAGCAGAAAAAGAUCUCUGCCUGAAGCUUUUGAAUUUAGCAGAGUUUAUGCAAUGCCAUAGCAUUGUCGACCCAAAACCAUAUUUAGAUUGUUGUCAUGAUGCAUUGUGCACUGACGGAAACUACUGCGACAGUUUAGAAAUGUAUGCGAGAAAGUGUUCGGAAGCUGGCCUGUGUCUAGCUUGGAGAAAUAACGAAAUAUGUCCUUAUGAAUGUCCUAAAGAUCUUGUCUACCAGGCAUGCAAAUCCAGCUGUAAAGAAACAUGCGAUACUAUCGACGAAAUAGAAAAUCCUAAGUGUGCAUCUAAUCUUAUCGAAGGAUGCUUUUGCCCAGAGAAUUAUGUAUUUCACAAUAAUUCCUGCAUACCAAAGAAAGAUUGUUUUAUUUGUGACAAGGAUGGUCACAUGCAGGGAGAUAUCUGGCAUCCAGACAAAUGCACCGAAUGCAGUUGUAAUGACGGUGUUGUAAAUUGUCAAACGAUAGAGUGUCCCGUAUUGGAUACGAUUUGUGAAGAAAAUAUGAUACCUGUACUUAUCAAUGGAACUGAAGAGAGAUGUUGCGCCAAAUAUUUAUGCGCUCCAAAGCCGACAGCGCCUACAAUAUGUAUUGAGCCACAAGAGCCGGAAUGUGGCUUUGGUCAGAUGAUGAAAGCAAUUACCGAUGCUGAUGGCUGUCACAAAUUUAUAUGUCAAUGCCUGCCUGCAAAUGAAUGUCCCAGUUUUGAAAAUUUUACAAACGAAGUUGAACAAUUGCAGCCUGGUUUCGUACAAGUGAUGAAUACAUCCGGAUGUUGUCCGCGACUGACUAAAAUGUGCGAUCCAAGAACUUGUCCCUUAGCACCAGAUUGUCCAGAUUACUACAACGUUAUUACAACAACACUUAUAGACAAUUGCUGCCCAACUUAUGAAUGCGUGCUUCCAAAAGAUCUUUGUCUCUACACAAAUAACGAAGGCCAAGGCAAACAACAUGUGAUAGCGAAACAAAUUGGAGAAGAAUGGAAGGAUGGUAAAUGUAAAACGUGUGUAUGCGAGAAUUCGGAUGACGGUCCUAAAACAAAUUGUUUAUUCACCGAAUGUCCAAGUGUGAACACACAUCCUGAUGUAGACGAUUAUGUAUUGGAGGAAAAAAUAUUAGAUGACAAAUGCUGUCCAAUCUUUGAACGUACUGCUUGUAAAUGGAAGGAUAAGAUAUAUAACGUUGGCGAAAGCUGGAAAUCUAAUGAUGAAGAUGCUUGUCUCACGAUGCAAUGUGAUAAAGAUUCAAAUGGUAUUCAGAUAUUAAACAAAAUCCAAAAAUGUGAUAUCACCUGUGAUUAUGGAUACAAAUAUCAAGCAUCUAAUGACACUAGUAUUAAUUGCUGUGGUACAUGUAUCCAAGUCGCAUGCAUUGUAGAAGGCACACUUAAAAAUAUAGGGGAACAAUGGUAUUCGGACGACCAUUGUGUGACAUACUUUUGUAACUCCGCCGAUGGAAACGUGUAUUUACAAGCAAAUACCGAAAUUUGUUCAGAAAUCGACCCACAAGUGGAAUUUGAAUAUGAAAUAGAACAGCGCAAAAUUCCAGGAAGAUGUUGUCCGGAAAUUAUCAAAACAGCUUGUCGUAGCGAUGGAAAAUUAUAUAAACCUGGAGAAUCAUGGACAUCUUUCGCGGAUAACUGUGUUGUCGAGACAUGCGUGGAUGGUCCGAAUAUAACAAAGCAUAGAAAGGUUGAAACGUGUUCAAAGCAGUGUGCUCAAGGAUGGUCAUAUCAAGAACCGGCAGAUGGUAAAUGUUGCGGAGAAUGUAAGCAAGCGUUUUGCGUAUUUGAAGAUAUUCUAUACGCACCUGACAUGACAUGGUCGUCUGACGAUAAUUGUACCACUUACACAUGCAUGAAAACUAAUGAACAGUUGUCUCUUGUGAUGAGUCCAGUUGCUUGUCCAGAUUUAACAGAUUGCCCUGACAAAUUGAUUUAUCAUGAUCAAUGCUGUAAAAGAUGUAAUAUAAGUGUUAAUACAAAAGAUCAGAUUAAGGAAACAUGUAAACCCAUUUCUGUGGAUGCAAAUGUUACGUUAGGUAUGAUAGUUUUAAAUGAUCCAGUACAUGGGAUAUGUAAAAACAUAGAUGCUAUUGAGGGUAUGAAACGAUGCAGUGGAACAUGCCAGUCAUCAACAUUUUUUGAUAGUGAAACCUGGAAUCAAGUGAAUGAUUGUCAAUGCUGUCAAGUGAAAGAAUAUACAGGCAUUGUUACUAUUUUGAUGUGCGAAGAUGGUAAAAACUUAAAGAGACAAUUGGCAGUACCGCGUUCCUGUUCUUGUAAAAAUUGUGCUUCUUCGAACGAAAAUAAGAAGACAAAGAUCAAGGGUUAAUUUAUGAAAAAUACGCCCUGCUCCUUAUUUACUCUUUGUUCAUGUAUUUUUAAAUAAUAAAAUAAUAAAAAUAAUAAAAUUUAAAUA